UUCCGCCCGUGGCUAAUAUGCCGACAGUCAUUUUCCGCUUGGAAUCAAGGCAUCUUCCGCUGUAACGGACGUGGCAGCGGAAGUUCCUCCUAUCGCCCGUAGUUAAUAUGGCGGCAAGUGUGCCUUCUUCCGCCCGUAGUUGGUUAAACCGCGGCGGAAUUGACGGCAGUGUGGGAGCGGUGAUGGCGGUGUCACGGCUGGAGCUGAAUCUGGUACGGCUGCUGUGCCGCUGCGAGACGCUGGCUGCCGAGAAGCGCGACCCAAGCGAGUGGCGCCUGGAGAAGUAUGUAGCUGCCCUGGAAGAAAUGCUCCAAGCCUUGAAGGAACAGUCAAGUAAACCUGCCCCUGAAAUGCUGAAUGAGUAUUCUAGAAAAGUGGACUUUUUAAAAGGAAUGUUAGAAGCUGAAAAACUGUCGUCUUCCUCGGAGAAAGCCCUCGCCAAUCAGUUCCUGGCGCCGGGACGCACCCCCACCACCACCAAGGAGCGGGUGCCGGCCACCAAGACGGUGCACCUGCAGACGCGGGCCCGGUACACGGGGGAGAUGCGGAGUGAGCUGCUGGGGACGGAGUCCUCGCCAACCAGCGGUUCUGGGGACCUAAGGAAGCGGACGGGCCUUGGGGCAGAUGAGAAGCAGUCAGCCGCUGAGCUCGAUGCCGUGCUACAGCAUCACCACAGUGUCCAGGAGAAGCUGGCCGAGGAAAUGUUGAGUUUGGCCCGAAGUCUGAAGAACAACACUCUGGCAGCACAGAAUGUUAUUAAACAAGAUAAUCAGAUCCUCUCCCACUCCCUUAAGAUGGCAGACCAGAACUUUGAGAAGCUGAAGACCGAGUCAGAGAGGCUGGAGCAGCACGCCAAGAAGUCCGUAAACUGGCUCCUGUGGAUCGUGCUCAUCUUUGUCUGCUUCAUCUUCAUCAGUAUGAUCCUCUUCAUCAGGAUCUUUCCCAAGUUAAAGUGAAACAAGGAGCUGGCCAGCUGGCUCAUGGACAAGAGGAGGGGGGAUGUGGGGGCAGGUCCAGACAAGAAACAAUCAUUUACCUCCCAGGGUUUCCUUCCAAAUGCCGGGAACAUUAAGCCAAAGGGUCUUCUCAAAAGGAGAAUAAAGUGGCAUUUCCAUA